UCGCGCGGGCUACUUUUAGAUAUAGCCAGUGAUUUACCGAACCGCUUGAAGGAGGCUGGAUUCAUCGAUAUCAAUGUCGUCGAAGCGCGCGAUGUUCCCCUGGGGGGGUGGGUCGGCAAAGAAGGUUGCGAAAGAAGAGAUAACUUUCCAGGAGUCUUCAGGCAGAUGAAGACGCAUAUAUUGAGGAUAGGAGGGCUGGGUAUUGAUGAUUCAGAGGCCGCGCUGGACGAGAUGUAGGACGCCACUGAGCAUGAGUGGGAUGGGCAUUGUGGCGAAGCGUUGACGUUCUACAACGCCGAGCGCCCUGAACGAGUUUGCAGUUGAAGAUGCC